AUGCGCUGUGCCAUUUUUAUUCUGCUCGUCUGCUGCAAAUGUUACCUGAUGUCAAAUAUCGUACUGUCCGAAAGAGUGCCAAUACACAACGGGAUUUCAAACGAUACGGAUGACACACAGCGAAUAGUGGGAGGGCGAAGGGCGACUUGUGAGGAGUUUCCCCACCAAGUUAAUUUCAUUGUAAAUAAUUCCUACUUUUGCGGUGGUUUCAUCAUAAGCGAACGCUACAUUUUGACAGCUGCACACUGCGCACAAAACGUGAACCCGACUACAGUCGUGCUGAGGUCUGGAAGCACUUUUCGAGAGAAUGGGACCGUUCUACCGAUAAUCGAAGUGAUCCCGUACCCAAACUAUGACAGGCCACCAUUCGAUAAGGACGUAGCGGUGAUGAAGACAGCUGAAGUCAUCAAAUUUAACUCAUGCACCCAGCCCAUGGCAUUACCAAAGAAAGGACCACCACCAAGACCAGGGACUAUUAUGACUGUCAGUGGUUGGGGUCGCACAAAGGAAGGCGCUUCGACCUUACCUGACAUGUUGAUGGCUGUUGAUUUACCAGUGGUCAGCCACUCACGUUGCCAAGCAGCCUAUUGGACGCUGACGAUCACGGAGAACAUGCUGUGCGCUGGCAAUUUCUUCAUGGGCGAUAAAAGCACAUGCCAGGGCGAUUCUGGAGGGGUUGCCUCAGUUAACGGCGUAGCGGCUGGCAUAGUGUCGUUUGGACGAGGAUGCGGCCAAAGGUUUUCUCCCAGCGUGUUCACGAAUAUAGCCGCACCGGUGAUGAGAGAUUUCAUCAAAAAACACACACGUUUG